AUGAAGAUUCCAAACUAUGAAAAGAACAAGAAGGAUAACAAACGAGCCUUGAACGAAUUUCUGAGUGAAGAGUAUCGGAUGCUCCUAUGUGGUCAGAAUGGUUGUGGAAAGACAAAUGUUGUGAUGAAAUUUAUGUUAAGAAAACCGUUGCUAUAUUAUGACAAGUACUAUUUUUCUAUACCAAAUCAACAAUUAACAGUAGAAGAUGGAAGUUCAAACGUGGGCAAAUCGCGUUUGGUUUGCAGAUAUCUCUCCAGAUCAUUCCAUGAUGCACCUACCAUCGGAGCGGUCUUUUACACUAUAGAAGUAAGUCUGGAUUCAGAAAAGAACGCGAACCUCCAUUCAUGGGAUACUGGUGGUUUAGAGGAGUACCGCUCAUUCCCUCCCAUGUUAUACCAUGGCAGUGAUGCUGCUAUUGUUGUGUAUGACGUAACGUGGAGAGCUUCAUUUGAGGACGCAAAAAAGUGGGUUGACGAUUUCAUAGAAGUGUCCGAGCCAGGCGCCUUUGUAGCACUUGUGGGAAAUAAGGUUGAUCUUGAAGAAAAAAGGGUGGUGAGCUAUGAGAGAUAA